UUUUGCAGCAUCUUCGCCUUCGCCUUCGACUACGCAACUCGACAUGCGUUCUUUCACUACCAUCUCCUUCGCCCUGCUCUCUCUCGCUGGCUUCGCAACUGCGAUCCGCAACCCCAACAACCCUGCGGACCCCAUCAACUGCCCUCCCAGCGGCGGCGCAGACAAGUGCUCGAAGGAGACCACUUGCAACAAUCGCAUUCGUCUCAACUAUGGCUCGCGCCAGCAGGGGCACUACAUCUGGUACCUGAACGACUACGAUCCGAACAACCUUCCGCAGGGCAUCAUCAUCACGACGGAUACUGUGGGCACCUGUUAAGGAGAGGAGCAGAGACUGCCUAUGUCGAGGCAGCAUAUGUAGUCGAAGGAGGCCGCUAACGUUGGUUUUCAGUACCAAUGAAAUUCUGUUGGGGUGAUUGAGGGCGU